AUGCAAACAGAAGCCCUGCAACACAGGAUGAGCAAGGCAGAUCUUGUUGCAGUGUUCUGCGACAAAGGGUGCGAAACAGCGAUGACUGCGCAACUCAUUCCGUUGGCAAGGUUCCCAUUUAAAUUGUUUCCCGUCUGCAACGGCCCUUCCAUGUACCGUGCCGUGCGGGAAAUUUACGCAUCCCGGAACUUGUACCGUUGUGCAUUGAACCUCUGUACCGGAACAGCGGAGGACGAAGAGUUGGCGAGCCCUCAAGUUCUCUCCUCUCUCUUUGAGCAUUUCGAUAUUUUGUAUGGCGGAUGUCGUUACGCAACGUUGAGACAACCAUUAGAUGUUCUCUUCAUGAUGGCCUUCUACGCUGGCCUCCCGUUACCACGGUCUACUGUCGUUAAGGCGGACACGCAAACCGAUUAUCUUGAGCUCCGUCUUCCCGUAAAACUGCGGAAUGCAAAUCCUCUUCAAAGUCGUUUUGAAACCGUUGUUGAGAAGAAAUCAGCCUUGCUUCGUAUGGUACGUCAAGGCAUUCAAUCACAUGGCAAACUGAUCGCCUGGGAGGUGAGCCCUGUAAAGGAUAUGGGGCUGGAGGUCCUUGUAUGGGGCGCUGGGAGUUUUGCAGUGGCAACGGAACCCCCCAGGCAGCAAGAUGAUGCCUUCAUAAAAAAGUGGAAGCCUUCUAUAGAAAAAUGGGCCGCCGCAUUUUCAAAAGACGUGCUGAACCGCAGCGGUUUCGCGCGGCUGCGCUUUAAUUCAAGCACAACUUCGGAAAAACUUGUUUUAGAGGACAUAGAUGUUGGAUGCUCUUUAUUAGGUCUCUGCACGCAGCUUUCAAUUGUGGCCUCGCAGGAAGGAUUGUUAGACGAGUGUGUGCGGGAGUGCGAGCGCGCCCCGCUGGCACCUGUCGCUGAGGUAUGCUUCGGUGGCGAAAAUAAGGGUUAUUAUCUUCGUGCAUCGAGGGAUGUUCCGAAGGGCGGGCUCGUUUUCGAAGAUGAGGAAAGAAGCUUUUCUAUCGUCACGCGGCCUUUUGUUGAGAAGACCUGGGAUGAGGAGAAGAAGAAACUGUUCAGAGAAUAUGCAUGGCCCAUUGAUGCAGAUGGACACGUCUACGUCACCUGGGAUAGUGACCCAAAUUGUUGGCGACCCAUAAAUCAUUCCUGUGAACCAAAUUGUAUUUUUGAUGAGAACCAUUCACUAAACGUAAUCGCGGCCCGGGACAUUGCAAAAGGGGAUGAACUGACAAUGGAUUACUGCACCUUCUGCGAUAAUACCAUGAAACCCUUUUCGUGUUUCUGCGGUUCUGCUUACUGUCGCGAGAUUAUUGUCCCCAAUGAGGAGUCUCUACGAGCGUACGGUACCCACGCGUGGCAUCGCAAGGUUCCUGCGCCACACCUAAAUGAUCUUUGA